UUAUUAUUAUUUAUAUUACAAAUAUAAAUAAUUUAGGACAUACAAAUAUCAGCCCAUUUAAAACAAAAGAAUCUAGCUCCAAAACCAAUGUCACCGAUAAGGAUGAAGUAACUUCAGAAAAGUUGGCAGAGCAAAUAGACAAACACGAAUGCAAGAGAACACCAUAAAACUUCCACGCCCAGGUUUGACUAGAAAGUUCAUUGCUUUAGAAUCUUUUGUUAUCGGGUAUAGUAACUCCUCCCAUAAAUUCUGGUCUCCGGGCAACAAUUGCCCCAGGUCUUUCCUCAUUGGUCAUUACAAAUGUUUCCGCCAUAUUCAAACUUCCGUCCGCAUCAGUUUGAAUUUUGUCCAUUGCCCUGUUAUUUUUUGUCAAAAUUCGGUUAUAUUUUUCCAUUCACCAUAGAGGUUUCAUUUUACAUUACAUUUAGUUUCAAUGGAGGAAACCACUGAGCCGCCGGUCGAGAUUCCAGAGCUGAGUAAGCUGCCGAAAAGGAGAGGAAACUCCAAGAAAAGAAAUUCCACCGUCUUGGACACAGAAACGUCCCCCGAGAUCAAUAACAAUGCGAAACGACCUCCUCUCAGGAGAGGUAGCUCGUUCACCUUCCUGACCCCAAGCUCUCAGUGGGACUUCAGUCUGAAGCGCAAGAGGCGAGAGAAAGACGAUGACUCGGUCAGCCUGUCCAGCUUCGACUUCAAGAAGCGCAAGAGGCGAGAGAAAGACGAUGACUCGGUCAGCCUGUCCAGCUUCGACUUCAAGGUGAGUCAUUAAACCAUCCCACAGGCC